AUGUCGAGCAAGGAAGACACACUGAGAGAGCUAUACCACUACCUCCCCAGCAAGCCGGCCGCUAUCAUAUUUGCAAUUCUAUACAUUGCAUCGUCUUUCCUCCAUGAAUAUCAGUACAAAGCCACCCGACCACAGAAAUUCACCAUGCCGUUUGUCCUCGGCACAACAUUUUCAAGUAUCGGCUUUGUCACUCGAUCGCUAAGCGCUCUCAAGAUAGGAGACCCGCGCACACUAUGGAGAAUAUCCACCAUGUUCACUAUCGGCGCCGGCCCGACCUAUGCAGGUGCAGACUACUUCGUAUGUGGCCGUAUAUUCAGUUACGUUCGAUAUGCAGCACCGAUAUCCCCACUCCGAACGGUCAGGACCUUUAUUUUCUUCGACUUCCUAGCAGAAAUUGGGGUAUGGGUAGGAGCUGGUAUAAAUGACAGCAAAGAUCCCAACAGCGCAAGAGCAAAGCUGGGUGUUAACCUCGUGCGGGCGGCUGUUAUUAUACAACUAGCACUGUUCGCAUGUUUCGUUGCCGUUGUGUUACUGUUCCAGAUACGGGCCACCAGCCGGGGAUUUUGGAGAGCAAGCCACCAGCAGUCCGGGGGUACUCCCGGAUGGGUUAAGGUCAUAUACACUUUAUCUACAGAAGCACCUUUCCUGUGUCUGGAAGCCCUUGUGAUGUUCAUCAAUGCGGCCAUGUUCAAUGUGAUCCACCCAGGAGUUCUUCUGCCGAGUAAUCCUCACGUCUAUUUGCUUGCAGACGGUAUGGAAGCAGAGGAUGAUAGUCCCGAAGGUACUCUUGAGGACACUCGGCCUUUGAAGAUGAAGAUCCUUGAUCCUUUGGAUAUUAAAGGCCUGUUUAGGAAAAAGCAGCAGCUAAAACCUUAUCAGCAGAGACCGUUGGGUGGUGAUGACGAGAAUAUGUCUGAAAGUAUGAUAAUGCUGGAAAAUAGGCAGCGCGAGGAGUUCCGCUAG